AUGGCGGACAACGGCGCUUUCAAGGUCACUCUCUACUGGCUCGAAAAGUCUCGUGCACAGCGCAUAGUCUGGCUCCUCGAAGAACUCAACAUACCUUACAGCAUCAAGACCUUCAAACGCCGAGCCGACAUGACCGCGCCAGACGAGCUGAAGAAGAUCCAUCCCCUGGGUAAAUCGCCAAUCAUCAGCAUCGAGGCACCCCACCUGUCCAAACCACUGGUGCUCGCGGAGUCCGCCGUGAUCAUCGAGUAUCUGUGCACGCACUUUGGCGGGGAACGAUUCCUCCCCCAGCGGUACAGCGAGGGCAAGGAAGGGCAGGUGGGCGGGGAGACGGAGGAGUGGAUGCGAUAUCAGUAUUUCAUGCACUAUACGGAGGGAUCUCUGACGCCGUUUCUGGUGAUGAAAGUGGUUAUGGAUAGCAUCCGGAAUGCGCCGGUCCCAUUCUUCAUCAAGCCGGUCACCAAAAUGGUCGCUUCCAAAGUGGAGGGCGCAUUCGUGAACCCGAACAUCCACACAAAUCUGAGUUUUCUGGAGGACCAGCUUAAGACAGCGCCAGGAGGCGGACCGUACAUCUGCGGUGAAACGGUGACAGCUGCGGAUAUCGUGCUGAGCUACUCUGUCAUUGCGGCGCUGUCGAGGUUGGGUUCUCUUCGCAACGAGUAUCCCACGGUGGCAGCAUAUGCAGACCGAUUGCAGGCACUCGAUGGCUAUAAGCGAGGCGUGGCGCAGAUUGAGAAAAUCGAAGGGUCAUUUAAGGCUAGCUUAUGA